AGAAGAGGCUAACCAUGAAUUAGCUGACAUGCUGACGAGGAGCGGACACACUUCACAACACUCAUUUAUGAAGUUAGUUCUUCCUAAAUCCGAUUUUACUGGCGUAUUGGAAGAGACAGACGUAACUGGAAGAGUAGCAACUAAAUGUAUUUCUGUCGAACUUCUCUGAGAACUCAUCGUUAAUGCGACGUUAGCUUUUUAGCUAGCUAGCGUUCUUCCUGACCUAAGCAGCUAGCAAAGCAUCCAUGAAUAACUGGAUAUAAUACUAGAUAUAACUUCUCUGGAGGACUCAUAUACCAUGUGAUUGAAUCUAAGCAGCGGGCUGUGUUGAGAAGCUGUCAGCUGUUGUGAAGCUGUUUUCUUUUCCACAUCUACAACAGCAGCAAGGCCCCUUUGAGUAUGCAUAUACAAUGAAGAGGCGUGUGGAGGACCAGGAACCAAUAUUUGCACCCCAGCAACAGCAAUCACGCCGCCCUCCAGUUCAAGGAGUAGCUGACAGCUUCCAGCACCGGGCCCUCGCCCAGGCCCCGACUGUGGUGGAGACAGCUGCAGAAAACAUGCAGCCAUCCACUGGAAUCCAGUAUUCUCUCCCCCAAGGCUACCAGGUGCCAACAAUGCCUCAGAGCACAAGUGGACAUGGGCACGGACACAACAAUACUGCACCUCAUGUUGGUCCCCACGCACACAGCCUGGCAGUGCAGCCACAGGGCCCUGCAGUGGUCCAAGGACACGUUCAUCCGCCCGCACCCAUGACUUCAACACAAGGACAGCAGUUUCAGCGGCUGAAGGUUGAAGAUGCCUUGUCUUAUCUGGAUCAAGUGAAGCUGCAGUUUGGGAACCAGCCUCAAGUGUAUAAUGAUUUUCUUGAUAUUAUGAAAGAGUUCAAGUCACAGAGCAUUGACACUCCUGGUGUCAUCAACCGUGUGUCCCAGCUCUUCAAGGGCCAUCCAGACCUCAUUAUGGGUUUUAACACUUUUUUGCCGCCUGGAUACAAGAUUGAGGUUCAAACCAAUGAUCUAGUUAACGUGACCACACCAGGUCAGAUCCACUACAUCACUCCUCAUGGGAUCUCUGUUCAAAACAUCCCCAUAAGUGGAGCAUCCAGCCAACCUACGAGCCACCACCAGCAUCCGACUCUGCCACAGGCUGGAACACACACUGCCACCACUGCCACCACUGCCGCGCCACCAGUUCCCACACAACCUGCUCCAAAUAAAACCAGCAAGCCAAUUCAGUCUCCAGCUCAUACACCUACCAGCCAGCCAAACCCAUCCAUCCCAUCCUAUGCCUCACCACGCUCACCCUCUGUUCAGUCCCACACUCCUGUGAGCAGCACGCCGUCCGGGGCACCGCCCCUCCAGAACAACCAGCCUGUGGAGUUCAACCACGCUAUCAAUUACGUCAACAAGAUCAAGAACCGUUUCCAGGGUCAGCCAGACAUCUACAAGGCCUUCUUGGAAAUCCUGCACACAUACCAGAAAGAACAGCGAAAUGCUAAAGAGGCUGCAGGCAACUACACCCCGGCCCUGACCGAGCAGGAGGUCUACACUCAGGUGGCCAGACUCUUCAAGAACCAAGAGGAUCUUCUCUCGGAGUUCGGACAGUUCCUUCCCGAUGCAAACAGCUCCCUGCUGCUGGGCAAGACUACACCAGACAGGGUGGAUUCUGUGCGUAAUGAUCACGGCGGCACAGUGAAGAGACCCUUACUUAACAACAAGCAGAGGCUGAGUCAGAAUGGCCUGCCAAUCAGGAGACCCGGUGUAGUGGGUCCCACACCGCCUGUGAAGAAGAAACCCAAAAUAAUGGGGAAAGACCAUGGCUUGUCUGAAGUCGGCAAACACAGCACCAGCACUGAAACCAUGUUCUUUGAGAAGGUGAAGAAGGCUCUCCGGAGCUCUGAGGCGUACGACAACUUCUUGCGAUGUCUUCACAUUUUCAACCAGGAAGUAAUCUCUCGUGCCGAGCUGGUCCAGUUAGUCAUCCCAUUUCUUGGAAAAUUCCCGGAGCUCUUUACGUGGUUUAAAAACUUUCUGGGCUAUCGGGAGUCUUGUCACGGGGAGUCGAGCUACACUGAGAGUUUACCCAAGGAGCGUGCAACAGAAGGCAUCGCCAUGGAGAUCGACUAUGCUUCCUGUAAAAGGCUGGGGUCUAGCUACAGAGCACUGCCGAAGAGCUACCAGCAGCCCAAGUGCACAGGAAGGACGCCGUUGUGCAGAGAGGUUCUGAAUGACACAUGGGUAUCCUUCCCAUCCUGGUCUGAAGAUUCCACAUUUGUGAGCUCCAAGAAAACACAAUAUGAAGAGCACAUUUAUAGAUGUGAGGAUGAGCGCUUUGAGCUGGAUGUCGUGUUGGAAGCUAACCUGGCCACGAUACGAGCCCUUGAGGCAGUUCAGCGGAAGCUGUCCCGCAUGUCUGCAGAGGAGCAGCUGCGCUUCAAGCUGGACAACACAAUGGGAGGCUCCUCAGAGGUCAUUCACCGCAAAGCUAUCCAGAGGAUAUACGGGGACAAGGCCCACGACAUCAUUGACGGGCUCAAGAGGAACCCGGCUGUGUCCGUCCCCAUAGUGCUGAAAAGAUUAAAAGUGAAAGAAGAGGAGUGGAGAGAAGCCCAGAGAGGCUUCAACAAGAUUUGGCGGGAGCAGAAUGAAAAGUAUUACCUGAAGUCUCUCGACCAUCAAGGCAUCAACUUCAAGCAGAAUGACACCAAAGUGUUGCGCUCGAAGACGUUACUGAAUGAGAUAGAGAUGCUGUAUGACGACCGCCAGGAGAGAGCAUCAGAGGAAACUUCCACGCCUCCACCGAGCGGACCUCACAUGACUCUGACCUACGAGGACAGCCAAAUCCUGGAGGAUGCUGCUGCUCUGAUAAUCCAUCAUGUAAAAAGGCAGGUGGGCAUCCAGAAAGAAGACAAGUACAAAAUCAAGCAGAUCAUCCACCACUUCAUCCCCGACAUGCUGUUUGCACGGCGAGGAGAGCUCUCUGAUGUGGAAGAGGAGGAAGAUGAGGAGGAGGAAGACAUGGAGAUGGAUCAAGAUGCCCCUAAGAAGCACAACGGCCUGCCAGGAAGCAGCCCUUCAAAGUCCAAGCUCCUUUUCAGCAACACAGCUGCUCAGAAGCUGCGCAGCACAGAUGAGGCCUAUAACAUGUUCUUUGUGAACAACUACUGGUAUAUCUUCCUUCGCCUGCACCACAUCCUCUGUUCUCGCCUGUUAAGAAUCUACGAGCAAGCGGAGAAGCAGAUCGAGGAGGACGGUCGUGAGAGGGAUUGGGAGAAAGAGGUGCUGGGGCUGAAGAGGGAGAAAAAUGAAAAUCCAGCAAUCCAACUAAAGAUGAAGGAGCCGAUGGACGUGGAGGUAGAGGAUUAUUACUCAGUUUUUCUGGAAAUGGUACGUAAUCUUCUGGACGGAAACAUGGAGCCAGCUCAGUACGAGGACUCCCUGAGAGAAAUGUUUACUAUCCAUGCCUACAUUACCUUCACCAUGGACAAACUCAUCCAGAGCAUAGUCCGGCAGCUCCAGCACCUUGUAACCGAUGAUGUCUGUGCACGUGUGACGGACAUGUACCUGAGUGAAAGUGCCAACAAAGCCACGGGAGGGACACUGUCCACGCAGACAUCCAGAGCCACAGCAGAGGGGACCUACCAGCGCAAAGCAGAGCAGCUGAUGUCAGAUGAGAACUGCUUUAAGCUGAUGUUCAUAAAGAGCCGAGGAUCUGUCAGCGUGGCCAUGGAGCUUCUAGACACAGAGGAGGACAACUCUGAUGAGCCAGCAGAGGCAGAGAGGUGGUCUGACUAUGUGGGCAGAUACCUGAACUCCGAUUCUGCGUCCCCUGAGCUACGCGAGCAUCUCGCCCAGAAGCCAGUGUUCCUGCCCAGAAAUCUGAGACGGAUAAGGAAGUGCCAGAGAGGAUGGGAACAACUUCAACAAGAUAGGUUGAACAAAGGCCCCUCGGACAAGUCUCAGGAUGGCAGCAGUGAGCUAAAGAUGGAGUGCAUGUUCAAACUCAACUCCUACAAGAUGGUGUACGUCUGCAAGUCAGAGGACUACAUGUACAGGCACACAGCUCUCACACGGGCUCAUCAGUCCCACCAGAGGGUCCACACACGCCUGCACAGACGCUUCCAGGCCCGGCUGGACUCCUGGGCCAAGGAGCACGUGACCAGCGACAUGGCUGCCGUCAACCACAAGUGGCUGAUGGGAGAGGAACGAGAAGGCAUGUUGCCGUGCACCACCACCUGCAAUCCUGAGGUCCUCCAUUAUCUCACCGUUAACAAGUUCCGGGUGAAGUACAGAACACUGUAGUAUCUCUCUCAGUGAAGGAUAAACUGUGACUGUCUUUAUACAACAAGCUGCCGGUGAUGACUUCACAUACACGGUAGCUUCAUGUGGAUUUUCCAACCUGCUGUUACUCUAUUCAGUUGCCAAUUUUUUUACGGCCAUCAGUCAACGAAGUUUCCAAUUUCUGCAAAUGUUUUCGAUCUGAUUCAGGAGGUUUGUCCUAGCUUUCAAGCUCACUCUGCAAAUUCUGAAACUUGUGAGAAAUAGAUGUUUUAUAAAUGUGAGAAAACUGACAUGUCUCAGUAAACACAUUAUUAUAUGUAUAUAAAAAUAGAGUUUUACAUGCGAUAGACAAAGAAGCACUCCUUCAGCUUCUUAGCAGAGCAGGUGAAUUUUAACAAAAAAAAAAGCAUUUCAUACCUUUAACUCAGCAACUCGACAAUAAAACAACAUAGGUCUUUCUUUCUUUCAACCAGCUCAUUAUUUAUCAGGAAAUACAAACAGAAACCUCAGUUUUGUCUCUUCCAAGAACAAGCACCAGUCAGUUCAGAUACUUGUGGUCAGACGUGAUGAAUCUGACCUCCAGCUGUAAACUUCUUGAGUCUGUGAAUGUUUUUCUUCUUGGUGGUGACGGUGCAAUAAGGCACUCUAUAAUAUACAAUAAUUUAUGACCACCCAUUCACUCUGUGUAAAUAUACUGUUUAUAUCUAGAUCCUUUUUUAAUCAGAUGUCAUUGAUGUGUAGCGUACAUUAACAAAAAUAGUAUUGAUCUUAAACUAGAGUCUGCAGAGAAGUUUAUAAAGAAAAUGUAACAUUUUAACAUUUUUACCAAAGGAUGUUAAUGUGAGACCUUUUUUUUCUUUAAUGCUCUGUCACGCGUGUUGUCCCUAAAGUGAUAAAUAAGUUGAAAACGACACGUUUUAUAUGUUCUUACUUCUCUCUGAGCAUUUCUACCUUCAGUCUUUGGCAUCAGUUUCACUUGUGAUGAUUGAAUGUAGCUGAGCAGCGAUUUCUCCUUUUUUUUUUUUUUUUUGAGUUCGUUUUCUGUCUAUUUAUCAGAGUACUGCCGUCUUUACAGUACAAUCAACUUUUCCUCGUAUUCAAACCAAAUGGUUAGAAUCUGUGCAGCAGGUUCAGUGGUCACAGUGUAUCACCUUUAAAAACUGUACAGAAGUUGUGUUCAUUUUUUAUGCCCAGUGUUGAAACAAACACUGACUGUGUAUAGUGUGUCUAUACGUGAAUGUCGGCCAUGUGACUUGUGUACAGUUUAAAGGAUAAACAAAACAAGAAAGCAAUAAUUCUUCCUGUUGUAGUUUAUAAUAGCUCUCAGUUUGUAUUUCUUGCUGAAAUGCAAGUGUGAAUGUUGUUUUCUCUUCAAAGAGGGAUGUAAAAGAAGUAUUUUUAAUGCCUUUCCCUCUGCAGUUUGUUUGAAUGAGCCUGGAAUUGGCCCUGUAGAUAUCCAGGUAGAGACAACCAUCACAUUACAUGCUGUUAGUGUUUCACUGAGGAAAGGGACGUUAAAGCAACAUCAUCUUCCUCAUAUUAACUUUUGACAAACAGCCAGAUCAUUUGAAACUCACAUACAGAUCUCAACAUGUGCAGGAUAUUCGUUAACACCAAAAGUUCAAGAUGAUAGUCCAGGUAAGUUAAAAGAAAAACAUGUUCAUCCUUCCCAUAUUGUCCUGAACUUUUGAAAGUUCUGCUCAGUAACAUAAUAACAUAACCAGCUUCAGACAAUCUCGGAACCGUUUAUUACCGUGGGUUUUAUUUUUAUAUUUCCUGUGUUUGAUAUGGAUCCAGACAGGAAGUCCUGCAGAGCUGAUUGUAUAUAAAGACAUUGUUUGUACUUUGUUUAAUUUGUCUCUUUUCUUGACUUUUUUGAUGUUGUAUAUGAGUGUUAGUACGGUGUUUGGCAUUAAAAUAUCCUUUCAAUAGACUGAAACUCA